AUGUUGCCUCACCUCCUCGCCUGGCUGGAGAGCUGCAGCCGCGAGAAGCGCGCGCUUCUGCAGCACGCCGUGAUGCAGGGGCACCCGGACUGCCUAGACCAGGUCCUCAUCGUGGCCCAGGGCUGCGAGCCCGGCCGCCACCACGUGGCGUGGGCGGCAGGACGCCGCGACCCGCACGCGGAGGAAGUGCUGCAGGCGGUGCUGCGGCUGGUCAACCCGCACCCCGUACAUUGGGCCAGGUAUUCCUGGUCGGGCGCAUUCAACUGGCUAGAAGCAUCACAGCUCGACGCGCCGGGCUUCUGGUCCGAGGCGCUGAAAGCGGCGAGCGCCUCCGGCGGCGCCAGCAAGGGCGUGCUGCGCGCGCUGGGCGAGCGCGUGGCCCCGCUGGGCGCGCUGUGGCGGCUGCUGUACGCGGCCGUGGCAGGGCCCCUGGCGGACCCGCCGCCGCUUGGGCCGGGUAUCGAGGGCGCCCGCGCGAGGCGGCGCGAUGCUGAGCGGGCGAAGCUUGCGCCGCCUCCUGACGUGUACUUUGAGCGCGUGGUGGGGCUUGUGGAGGAGUUGGUGUUGGAGCAGAGGCAGCGGGCGGAGCAGCGGCGGGGGCGACGUGCUGCAGGACAGGAGCAGCAGCGGAAGGCGGAGGAGCAGGACCAGCAGCACCAGCUGCACCAGCAGCAGCCAGACGCUCCGCAGCUGCCAGGGCGGCAGCCAGCCGGCGGCGGCGGCGAAGGCGCGCGCCCCACCAGCGUGCGGCUGCUGGAGUGCGUGUUUGCGGCGCUCGCGACCGGCCACACGGGCCGCGCUGAGACCCUGCUGGCGCUCGCAGGCCGCUGCUGCGUUGAUUGGCGCACGUUGCCCGACCCUGACUGCUCUGCCCGCGGGCCUGUCCUCCGGGACGCUCCUCCACGCCCCUCGCCGCCCGUCCGCUGCGCCGGCCGGCUGCUGCGCGCCGGGGAGUGGCGCGAGUGGCCGUUAAACAGCGUGCUGUGGGCGGUCGACAGCGGCUGGCUGCCGCCGCAGGCCCUGGCGCUCCUGCCGUUUUUGCUCGACUUCACCCCUGGCGGCUGGGGCCCCGGCCUGGCCCUGGCCGGCAGCCGGCGCGUGGUGGAGCUGUCAGAGCCGCUGCUGCCGGCGGUGCGCCUGUGGGUGCUCGCCAAGUCACUACUGCUCUGGGCGGCGCGGCAGCCGUGCGGGGCCGGCGGCCCCGCGCCGGGGCGCGACGGCGGGCUCGGCGGCGGUGCAAGCGGCUGCCGCGGCUCUGAAGACGGGGACCGCGACACGGAUUUGGGCCUGUUUGAGCUGGUCGAGCUGCUUGAAGACGCGGGGCACGCAUCACACAUGCAGAGGGUCUACUUGUUCAGCGAGUGGCAGUCGCAGCACCCCCUGCGCGGCUUCUACCAGCAGGCGCACCAGAUGGCCGAGGCGUUUAAGCUGUGGGUGCGGUGCCACCCGCUGCGCGGCGUGCCCGGCGAGGCGGGCGGCGGCGGCGGCGCUGGUGGCGGCUGGAGGGAUGAGGAAAGCUGCGGGGUGCCCGGCAGCGGCUGCGUUUCCCGAGAGCAUUGGGAGCUGCUGCUUGCUGCGGUGGCGCGCCGCGACGUCAAAACGCUGGCCUUGCUGUCGGACAUCGGGAAGCCGUUCGACAACUCUGCCUCCACCGCGGCGGCCGCCAACGCGCUCGCUGCCGCGGCCGCGGCGGGCGCGCUCGGGCUGCUGCCGGCGCUGCUGGGCCCGCUGGUAGCCGCCGCCGAGGCCGAGCGCGCCAGCGGCGACGAGCUCGGCUGCAUGCAAACCUCGCUGCUGUGCGCGAUCCAGCACGCGCGGCCGCUGACGGCAGCGCGGGAUGACGCGCCGAUCGGAGAGGUGGUCGAUGCUGCGCUCCUGCUGCUGCGCGCCGCGGAGCACGCGGGCGGCGCGGAGGGCGAGCGCGUGCUGGCGCUCAACUGGCUGGGGCCCGAGGCGCCACUCCCCCCCGCGUUCCCGCCGUCCGCGCACUUGGGGCUGCGCGCCCCGGCGGGCGCCGGCGGCGUCGUCGCGGCGCGCGUCAAGGCGCUGCUGCUGCGGAUGUGGCGCGACAGGCUGGAGGCCGGCGAGGGCGGGCCGCCGCCGCCGCCGCCGUUUGGCGCGAGGUGGGCGCGCCAGGCGACGUUCAAGCUGGUGGCCAACGCGGGCGGCGGCGGGGACCCGGACCUGAUGUUUGCGGCGGUGCAGUGGGCGCAGAUGCUGAACGAGUGGCGCGCGGCGGGGGCGGGCAGGGCCGGCGGGGGCGACACGGACGGCGAGGACGAUGCGGAGGGCGUGGACGGCGCAUAG